AAAUAGACCUGGAGCUGUCCAGCCGUUUGCCUCGAUCGUCCGUGUAUCUAUCGCCUUUCGAUGUGCGAAUUCAUGGGAAAAGAAAGCGUAUUCAGAAAUUUCCUACAGGGGAAGUUGUACUGCGAGCUGGAAGCUUAUUAAUUGACAGCAUCUCUUCGCUGGGUGUCGUCUAACAAGUUCCCUGGAUCAUCUGGAUCAAAUAUGAUCUACUAUCUGGUUGUAGGUGUCACGGUCAGUGCUGGUGGAUACUAUACUUACAGGACAAUAACAUCAGAGCAAGUCAAACAUACUGAACAUAAAACAAAUUUGAAAGAAAAGGCCACAACAGAGUUACAGUCACUUCAAGGUGCAGAGGAGAACCUUGCAGGAGCAGAGAAAGCAAGUGCAGAAGCCCCUGAAGUGUCUUCGGCGGAGGCUCGGGUGGUCGAUGCGGGAGAAAUCUCCGAGGCUACCGCUGCAGUGGGGGCAGUGGCUCCGGCCUGUCCAGAGGCUGCGGGGGCCGCUCAGGGGGGGACCACCGCAGUGGGCGCCGAAACCCGCCCAGAGGUCCCAAAUGCGGCCGCCGAGGAAAGCGCCCAAGUCAGUGCCCAAACGACCUCGGAGGUCACCAGUGCAGCUCCGGAUGAAGCCGUUGCCAUCAGGAAUGAAGAAGGUACGACCGAGAACCAAGGCGUUGCCAUCAGUGACGACGAAGGUACAACAGAGAAGGAAAGCGUUGCCCUCAGUGACGGCGAAGGUACAACAGAGAAGGAAAGCUUUGGUGAAGGUGCUGCGCUGGAAGGACACCCUCCUGUGGGGUCAGAAUCCUCUGCUGGGGAUGUUGUAGAGGGAGAAGCCCGUGUUGGUGCUGAGGCCACAGCUCAGGGCUAAUUAUACAGAGCGACACCAAAACGCUAGAGGGAUUCUGGGAGCUGCUUUUGUAGUUUUAGUCAGUUUAGCUUUUU